UUCUUCACUGCCUUGGCCGGAGGUUUCUAUCACUUAGGAAGAUUUUGGUCACCUGCCGGCGGCGGCGGCCCCACGGGCUUCGCGGAGGCCCUGCUUUUCGGGCAUUUACGGCGCGCAGCCGCCCCAGCUCAGGCUCAAGUCUGCGCUUCCAGGUUCAGUUUCAGGGUCUCGCCGGCAGCCCAGCCUGCGGGCGCGGAGCGGGCAGCGGGCAGCGGGCAGCGGGGCCCGGAACGCAGGGUCCUCUGGGGGCCCCGGAGUUGGGAGGCGGCGUCCGGGAGCCCCCGGAGGAAGAUGGGCUGCGGACGCAGCAGGCUGAGCAGCUGCAAACCCCCCAAAAAGAGGCGCCGAGAACCAGAUCAGCCACCCAGGCCAGAGCCCCAGGAACUAGGUCCCCUCAAUGGGGACACGGCCACAACUGUUCAUCUCUGUGCAUCUGAGGAGGUAGAGCAGCACCAGGACAUAACAAGAAUUCUCCAGCAACACGAAGAGGAGAAGAAGAAAUUGGCACAGCAGGUAGAGAAGGAGAAGGAGCUAGAGCUUCAAGAGAGACUGGAUGAACAGCAAAGAGUCCUGGAAGGAAAGCAUGAGGAGGCCCUGCAAGUCCUCCGAGCCUCAUAUGAACAGGAGAAAGAAGCCCUUACCCACUCCUUCCAGGAGGCCAAAGCUGCCCUGCAGGAGACCAUAGAUGGACUGAACUCACAGCUGGAGGCCUUCCAGGCCAAGAUAAAAAGGGUGGAGGAGUCCAUUCUGAGCCAAGACUAUAAGAAGCACAUCCAGGACUAUGGGAGCCCCAGCCAUUUCUGGGAGCAGGAGCUGGAGAGUUUGCACUUCGUCAUCGAGAUGAAGAAUGAGCGUAUUCAUGAGCUAGACAAGCGGCUGAUCUUCAUGGAAACAGUGAAAGAAAAAAAUCUGAUGUUGGAGGAAAAAAUCACAACUCUGCAACAGGAAAAUGAGGACCUCCAUGUCCGAGGCCGGAACCAGGUGGUUCUGUCAAGGCAGCUCUCAGAAGACGUGCUUCUAGCCCGUGAGGCCCUGGAGAAGGAGUCGCAGUUACGGCGACAGCUCCAGCAGGAGAAGGAGGAGCUGCUGUACCGGGUCCUCGGGGCCAACACCUCCCCUGCCUUCCCCCUGGCCUCCGUCACCCCUACGGAGGUCUCCUUUCUUGCCACAUAGGGCACAGGACCCAGGGCUGUUGCAAUGCCUGUGGUCACAGCUCCCUCCAAAGACUUUGCAGAGAAGACAGCAGGAGC